UUCUAGUUGCGUACAAAGAAACGUUCACUAAUGUUACUGUUAAUGUUUGAAGUGCUCAUUUGUGUAUUACAACUACUAUGCAACGCAAGCAGAAGUUCGAGAGCGAAACAGGCUUCGAAGGAUGGGGCGAUUACAUGGAUGCGAAGAUCGCCAAACUGGAGGAUCAGUUUCGACACACGGCAGCUAACGUUACAGAACGCCAAUCCGACCUGUUCUCCGGUAUAUCGAUUUUCGUAAACGGCUACACGAACCCAUCAGCGGAGGAGCUGAAGCGAAUUAUGAUGCUGCACGGAGGUAUAUAUCAUCACUACAAACGACCAACCACUACUUACACGAUCGCUUCGGUCUUGCCCGACGUGAAGGUGCGUUCGAUCACGUCAGAGAUCAUCAUCAGCCCUCGCUGGGUGACUGACUGCUUGCAAAAUGGUCGCAUUGUUGAUUACACGCGCUAUCUCCUGUACACACAACAUAAGCCAUCGCAGCCAAAGUUGGCCUUUGCGCCAGUGGCAACAAAAAGCAGGGAAGCCAGCGAUGCCGAUGCCAACGAUGCCAGCGACAUCAGUCCACUAGAAUGUUUGAAUGUUUUGGGUUUGCUGAAAAAUUUCACCGAUUCGGAAUCCGUCAGCUUCGAAAAGGGUAACGAAAUGCAAUCAACAGAAAUAAUCCUUCCACCCGGUCUAUUGGGGUCAACCUGUAUAACGCAAGAGAACAAAGCUGCACAGGACACUGAAAGCAGCAAUCAACAAGGUGUGCUGGCGCAGACCACAGUUAAAGAAGUAAUUGUAUCACCACCGCCCAAAAACUCAGUAAAGCAAUCACUUACCGCGACUGAUCCCAACUUUUUGGCAGAAUUUUUCAACAACUCACGGCUGCACCAUAUCGCAACCCUCGGUGCAGGCUUCAAGGCAUAUGUUGCCGAGCUGCGUGAAAAAUCCUCCGGCUCAUUUCCGGCACGCGAUGGGUUAGCCCAAAACUUACCCCGCCAUGCCCAGGAUCGGGAUGGGUUCGAGAAGCUGGCAUCCUCUGGCCGCUACAUUAUGCAUAUUGAUAUGGAUUGUUUUUUCGUAUCGGUUGGCUUGCGAAAGCACUCCCACCUGCGCGGACUGCCGGUGGCCGUAACACACUCGCGAGGCUCGGAUGCUCGCGUUCCGUGCCAUCCAGGCCAAAAUCGUGCUCUAGAGAUCGAGCUGUACCAUAAGCGGUUCGAAGAACGCAACAAAACACCCGACAUUCCAAAGGAGUCGCGCCUUUCGUCGAUUGAUGAUCAUAAUUCGUUGUCGGAGAUCGCCUCAUGUAGCUACGAAGCACGCCGAAAGGGUGUGAAGAAUGGUAUGUUUGUUGGCGCAGCUCUUAAAGUAUGUCCCGAGCUCAAAACCAUACCGUACGACUUUGAGGGCUACAAGGAGGUGGCCUACCAGUUGUACGAUACGAUAGCUAAGUACACGCUCGAUAUCGAAGCAGUCAGCUGCGAUGAAAUGUUCGUUGACUUGAGCGAGGUAGUACAAUCGAUCGGCAUCUCCGUGAUGGACUUUGUUAGGCUCGUACGAAGCGAAAUAUCGACCACCACUGGUUGUGCUUGUUCGGCCGGAGUCGGUUCGAAUCGUUUGCUAGCUCGAUUGGCAACGAAACGAGCGAAACCAAACGGACAAUAUUGGCUCGUUCCAGACAAAGUCGACAGUUACAUGAGGGACAUUCCGAUCAGCGAGCUUCCAGGUGUUGGUCCCAGCACGACCGCUCGUUUGAAACUCAUGGCGUACGCAUCAUGCGCCGAUUUGCAAACAAUUUCCCUUAAUGAACUACAGACAAAGUUUGGGAAAAAGUUUGGCGAAACACUGUACCAUGCCGCUCGGGGUAUCGACGAACGGCCACUCGUGUACGAUAAGGGUAGAAAGUCGGUUUCCGUAGACGUGAACUAUGGGAUACGGUUUUCGACCGAACAAGAGGUUGACCGGUUUAUGCGUCAAUUAACAGCGGAAAUCCAUCGCAGAUUAGUGGAUCUUCGACAGCGCGGAAAAAUUGUCACCGUAAAGCUGCUCGUUCGUUCUCCAGAGGCACCGAUCGAGACGGCAAAGUUUAUGGGUCACGGAUUGUGUGAUGUUGUAACAAAAUCGCAAUCUCUAGUGCAGCACACUGACGAUAUAUCGGUGAUCGAGAGUGCUGUGCUUGGAAUUAUGCGCGCGGUCGCUGUUCAACCGAAGGAACUGCGUGGCAUUAGCAUCCAGAUAUCCAAGUUCGCUAAAGAUCGGAAAACUGUGGAUGGUAUGGCCGGGGUUCGGUUGAAAAAUAUGCUGCAACAUGCGGAGAGUAAGCAGAAAAAGCCCAACGAAAAACUAAAGCAGACAAGGAACGAUGCUUCAAGAGCGGAAAUGAAACCACAUAACCAGCAGGAUGAACAGCAGCAGCAGCAACCUUCCACCUCGUGGGGUUGCACAGGACAACAUCAGAUGUCUUUGGUACACGAAAGCUACCGAACGCCAAAAAAAGAACGUACUACUUCAGGAACUGUAUUCGGUUCGCCAAAACGACGUGAUAAUACGGCACCUGCGAACGUAGGAUUAAGAAAAUUUUUCUCCAACGAAGUCAAAUCACCUACGUCCGGUUGUGGUACUGUUCGACCCUUCGAACAAUUCCCUUCCGGUCUCGAUCCGGAGGUGUUGGCAGCGCUACCGGAGGACAUACGCAACGAAGCGAUACGUGACUUCAGGCGACAAUUGUUAUUGCUGUCGGCCAGCAAGACGGGGUCAGCGGAGGAUAUGAAAACUCCAGUAAAACAAUCGCCACUGCCAGUGCCGAAUCGUGAAAGGAGUACACCAUCGAUAGCACCAAGUUUAGAGGAUCAGAAAACGCGAUGCGUUGAUGCUCGGAAAGCUCCGCCAAACGAGGUUGCCGAACAGGCUGAAUUGCAAUGUGGCGAGAAGUUAGUAACGUGCAGCAGUGAUGCGGAAAUCGAUGAACCAUUGUGGGUCACUCCAGAACACAGUCCCUUCAAGGAGCCAAAACAAGGAACGGACAGUAAGAAAGCUGAAAAACGAGAAGCGUGUAAAAAUGAACAAGCUGGAAACACAAAAGACAGUAACAUUAUUAACCGAUCCGAUUGGUUGAUGUUGACCGAAGAUUGGGUCGCCAGUGCGGAAGUGCCGUACAUUUACGACGUAGAGCUGCUGGCAGCCAAUGGCCAAGAAUUGGUGCAAAACAAGACUCUCGAAAGAUUAUAUCUUUUUCUGCGUUGUUUCCGUCGAUUGGUACAGGAAAAAGGGUCCUGUGCGUGGCACAAAGCGUACAGCAAAAUUGUUCGUUCGAUUCAGCAUCAAAUGGUGAUCGUCUACGGGUGUAAAUUAGCCACUAGGGAAGUAACUUGUAAUGUGUGCAAUAAUUGCAGUGAUUAA